GAGCUUGCAGCCUGCGUGCUCUGCUGCGACUCUAUCUCGUCUUUUUUCUCUCGAGACCAAUCUCUGCAGCGAGCUUGUUGUCUCAGCACACAAACCCACUGUAUCAUUACCCCUGUAAAAUCUAGCCACUAUGGUAAACUUCACUGUAGAUCAGAUCCGUGCCCUCAUGGACAAGCCCACUAACAUUCGUAAUAUGAGUGUUAUUGCCCAUGUCGAUCACGGAAAGUCCACCCUUACCGAUUCCCUGGUCUCCAAGGCUGGUAUCAUCGCUUCCGCGAAGGCGGGAGACAUGCGGUUUACGGAUACACGCGAGGACGAAAAAGAACGCGGUAUUACCAUCAAGUCUACGGCUAUCUCGAUGUACUUCGAGGUCAACAAGGAGGAUGUUGGCGCUAUCAAGCAGAAGACCGAAGGCAACGAGUUCUUGAUCAACCUGAUCGAUUCUCCUGGUCACGUCGAUUUCUCAUCCGAAGUCACUGCUGCUCUCCGUGUCACCGAUGGUGCUCUCGUCGUUGUCGACUGUGUUGAGGGUGUCUGCGUUCAGACCGAGACUGUACUUCGUCAGGCCCUCACCGAGCGUAUUAAGCCUGUUGUCAUCAUCAACAAGGUCGACCGUGCUUUGCUUGAGCUCCAGGUCGAAAAGGAGGAGCUCUUCCAGUCUUUCCGCCGUACCAUCGAGACUGUUAACGUCAUCAUCUCUACCUACCACGAUGUCGCUCUCGGUGAUGUCCAGGUUUACCCCGACAAGGGUACCGUUGCCUUCGGUUCCGGUCUUCACGGAUGGGCUUUCACUCUCCGUCAGUUCGCCACUCGCUACGCCAAGAAGUUUGGUGUCGACCAGGAGAAGAUGAUGGGCAAGCUCUGGGGCGACAAUUUCUUCAACCCCGCUACCCGCAAGUGGUCAACUAAGUCUGCCGAUGCUGACGGCAAGCCUCUCGACCGCGCUUUCAACAUGUUCGUCCUCGACCCGAUCUUCAAGAUCUUCGAUGCCGUCAUGAACUUCAAGAAAGAUGCCAUUCCCCCCAUGCUCGAGAAGCUCGAUAUCAAACUCGCACAGGAUGAGCGUGACCUUGAGGGUAAAGCUCUCCUCAAGGUCGUCAUGCGCAAGUUCUUGCCCGCUGGUGACUCUCUCCUGGAGAUGAUUGUCAUCAAUCUCCCCUCCCCCGCGACCGCUCAGCGCUAUCGUGUUGAGACUCUCUACGAGGGUCCCAUGGACGACGAAACCGCCAUCGGUAUCCGCGACUGUGACCCUAACGGCCCUCUCUGCCUCUACGUCUCCAAGAUGGUACCCACCUCCGACAAGGGUCGCUUCUACGCCUUCGGUCGUGUCUUCUCGGGUACUGUCCGUGCUGGCCCUAAGAUCCGUAUUCAGGGCCCUAACUAUGUCCCUGGCAAGAAGGACGAUCUGUUCAUCAAGUCCAUCCAGCGCACGAUUCUCAUGAUGGGUCGUUACGUUGAGCCCAUUGAGGACUGCCCUUCCGGCAACAUCGUCGGUCUCGUCGGUAUCGACCAGUUCCUGCUCAAGAGUGGUACCCUCACCUCCUUGGAGACCGCCCACAACAUGAAGGUUAUGAGGUUCUCCGUCUCCCCCGUCGUUCAGGUCGCCGUCGAGGUCAAGAACGCUGCUGAUCUCCCCAAGCUCGUUGAGGGUCUCAAGCGUCUUUCCAAGUCUGACCCUUGCGUCCAGGCUUGGAUUUCAGAGUCUGGCGAACACAUCGUCGCUGGUGCUGGUGAGCUCCACUUGGAGAUUUGCUUGAAGGAUCUCCAAGAGGACCACGCUGGUGUCCCCCUCAAGAUUUCUGACCCCGUCGUCCCUUACCGUGAGACCGUCAGGGCCGAGUCCUCCAUUGUUGCUCUGUCGAAAUCGCAGAACAAGCACAACCGUCUCUACCUCAAGGCCUUGCCUAUCGAGGAGGAGCUUACCCUCGCCAUUGAGUCUGGCAAGAUCAGUUCUCGUGACGAUUACAAGCUCCGUGCUCGCUUGCUCGCCGAUGAGUUUGGCUGGGACGUCACUGACGCCAGGAAGAUUUGGUGCUUCGGUCCCGACACCACCGGACCUAACCUUCUCGUCGAUGUCACCAAGGGAGUUCAGUACUUGAACGAGAUCAAGGAUUCUUGCGUGGCUGCCUUGCAGUGGGCGACUAAGGAGGGUGUUUUGUGCGAGGAGAACAUGCGUGGUAUCCGCUUCAACGUCCUCGAUGUUACUCUCCACACCGACGCCAUCCACCGUGGUGGAGGACAGAUCAUCCCCACCUGCCGUCGUGUCUGCUACGCCGCUUGCUUGCUCGCCGAUCCCUGUCUCCAAGAGCCCAUUUAUCUCGUUGAGAUUCAAUGCCCGGAGAACGCCAUCGGUGGUAUCUACUCCGUCCUCAACAAGCGCCGUGGACAAGUCUUCAGCGAAGAGCAGCGUCCCGGAACUCCCAUGUUCACUGUCAAGGCCUACCUCCCCGUCGGCGAGUCGUUCGGCUUCAACGGCGAACUCCGUGCUGCUACGUCUGGCCAGGCGUUCCCUCAGUCGGUGUUUGACCACUGGGAUUUGAUGAACGGAUCUCCUCUCGACAAGGGCUCUAAGCUCGAGGAAAUCGUCAAGAACAUCCGUAUCCGCAAGGGUCUCAAGCCUGAUAUUCCUCCCCUCGAUACCUACUACGACAAGCUUUAAGGAAGUGUACAAUUGCAAGCCUGUUCAUCAGUGUCAUGUAUCAUUCGCUGUCUUUCCUCCGCUAGCUCGCUGCAAUUUGUAUUCUGCCUUAAAUUACAUUUUCUCAUUUCUCUCUAUCUCC